AUUUAAGCAGUACAUUACCUUCAAGUGAUGUAGCCAACAUUUUCAUUAUUUCUAAUACUACCUUCUUCAUGAAUGGACUGGACACCAGUACCAAAUUGUCACACUCCUUACCGCCUCAACACCAACAGCCACAGAGCCACCCAUCGCCGCCACCUGGGUCAGCUGCUGGCAGGCGUGGUCAGCCAUGGUCAUCCAGGGCCACUCCUUGUUCAUUCAUCUACAUAUUUGUUAAACAUCUCAUGGUCUUCCAUCUUCUACUUGAAAGAAAGCAGCCUAUAAGACUAAUCACCAUAACAAAAAGCAUUAGCACACUGCUCCAUUCCCUUCGAUUCAAACUUGUUCAUUCUCUUUCAUCCUUCUCUCACUUGUUCCUUUUUUUGAUCGAUUCAAAUACCAUGACGAAGCAAAAUGCUAACUGGUCUCCCUAUGAUUUUAACGGAGGAACUUGUGUAGCAGUAGCAGGAGCAGAUUACUGUGUUAUCGCUGCUGAUACGCGAAUGUCAACUGGCUAUAACAUCCUUACACGCGAUUACUCCAAGAUUUGCAAGCUUGCUGACAAAAGUCUACUGGCGUCAUCUGGAUUUCAAGCUGAUGUGAGGGCCUUACAAAAGCAUUUAGAAGCAAGGCAUCUGAUCUAUCAGCACCAGCACAACAAGCAGAUGAGCUGCCCUGCAAUGGCCCAGCUCCUUUCAAACACUCUUUACUAUAAACGUUUCUUCCCUUACUAUGCUUUCAAUGUAUUGGGUGGCCUUGACAAUGAAGGCAAGGGGUGUGUUUUUACUUAUGAUGCGGUGGGUUCCUAUGAGAAGGUUGGAUACAGUGCUCAGGGUUCUGGUCAGAAGCUUAUCAUACCUUUCCUUGAUAACCAGCUAAAGUCUCCCAGCCCUCUUCUAUUACCGGUGCAGGAUGCUGUGACCCCUCUGUCAGAAACUGAAGCAAUUGAUUUGGUGAAAACUGCCUUCGCAUCCGCUGCUGAGAGGGACAUUAUGACUGGUGACAAGCUGGAGAUAGUUGUCAUCAACAAAGAGGGCCUCCACCGGGAAUUCAUGGAUCUUAGGAAAGAUUAGAGCUGUGUUGUAGCUUCUAUAUUUCAUUUGAGUUUGUCCCUCUUUGAUAUCGUUGAUGCUUGUAGCCAAAUAUGUGUUGGGAGUUUUUAUGGGAGGGAUUGCGUAAUUAGACUAUUUGGUUUUCCUAUCAACUUUCCAUGGACUUGAACAUUUUCUUAGAGAUGCAAGAAAAUAUUACCUCCACUGUCUAUGAAUCGAAAUGAAGAAUCUUAGGAGUCGUUUGGUAUUGAAAGUGAAAAUGUAAUGGAAUGAAAAUAUUUAAGGGAGAUAUAAUAAUAAGAGUUAAUUUUAUCAUGUUU